AUCUUUGCUUUAUAUGCAAAGAUGAUAUUGACCCAACACUUAAGGAGUCAAUAACAAUUUUAAAUUGUAAACACUUUUUCUACAAAUCGUGCAUAAAAUAUUGCGCCGAUAAUCAAUGUCCACUAUGCCAAGAAGAGUGUAUUGAGUCAACUAAGCUUGGAAAUUAUUAUAGUCAAGAAAGCACUGAAGGAAUUUCUACACAGUUGGAUAAAGAUCUUACAAUUGAUUCUGAACGCGAUGAUAAUUCAGAAGAAAUAAACAUUCAAAUCUCUCGACAAGCCAGCUCCAUUGAAUCGUUAUUAAACUCUGAAUCUGAUACUUU